CCCAAAGGUCCAUUGCCGUUUAGGUCCGAAUCGCCCUUUUUUGGCCUUUACUCAGAUCGUUACUUACUCCAGAACUUUACCAUCUCGUUCUUUAUAUGACUACCAUUGAGCCUGCCUGUGUCCUUGUUUGAUAAAUUACUUCCUCCCCUCAACAACUUCUCCAUUCGCAUUCCAUUCGUACUAACUGAUACCUGCCGCUCUCCACGCAUACGCCACGCAUACACCUCUCCUGUUAGACACGUCUCCCUUCCCGCGUCCAAUUACCAAUUCACCAUGCCUGACCCUCGCAUCUUCUUCGUCCGUCACGGAGAGACUGAAUGGUCUCUGAAUGGCCGACACACAGGAACCACCGAGCUCCCUCUGACCGCAAAUGGCGAGAAGCGAGUACGCGCAACAGGAAAUGCGCUUGUCGGCGACGAUAGAUUGAUUGUCCCUGGAAAUCUCGCUCACAUCUACGUAUCCCCUCGUAAACGAGCCCAACGCACAUUAGAACUCCUCGACAUUGGAUGCCGCGAGCGCUACCCAUGGAACGACUCAACCCCAUUGACCGACAACAUCCGCUCCGAUGCCUCUAUCACUAUCUGCCCCUCCAUCCGCGAAUGGGAUUACGGCAACUACGAAGGGUUGAAGUCCGCCGAGAUCAGAGCCUCUAGAAAAGAGAGGGGCCUGAACGAGGACUGGGACAUCUGGCGGGACGGCUGCGAGGGCGGCGAGUCCCCCGACGACGUCACAAAGCGACUAGAUGAGCUCAUCGCGGAGAUUAAGCAGAAGUGGCACGCAGGACGGUUUGGUAAGGAUUCGGGGUGGAAGGGAAAAGACGGCGUGCCUAACGACGUGCUCAUCGUGGCUCAUGGACACAUCUUGAGAGCUUUCGUCUCGCGAUGGGUCGGAAAGGACUUGAAGGACAACCCUUCGCUGAUCUUGGAGGCGGGAGGUGUGGGUACCUUGAGCUACGAGCAUCACAAUAUCGACGAGCCUGCUAUCUUGCUAGGAGGUGCGUUCGUGGUGGAGUCGAGUGAGAAAUGAUAUCGGGGGCGUUCUUUCCUAAAGAUAUUACUGUGACGCAGGAACAUUCAGUCCGCAGAUAAAAGCAAUAUGCUGGCAUAAUAAUUAUGAUCAUUAAUUCCUU